AUGGACACCCGGCCCGCCUCCGAGUACGCACAGUCAGGUUCGCACCACCCGUCCAUCACCGGCGCACCUUCUGAACCCCAAUCUGCAGAUCAAACCUCUGCUGCUGCCCCUGCUCACUACGCCCCACCCGACGUAAAGUACUCGCAGCCUGAGGUUCGACCCGCCAACAUUUCGUCCUCCAACACCCCCCAGCCAGAGUACGGGUUGAACCCUCCGCCCACUCGCUCGCCCGCCUACCAGGACUACCUCCCGCGCCCUCAACCCUACGCCCCCAACUCUCAGCCCGGCGCGCCGGCCGGUAUGGCUCAAGCAACAAGUCAGUUCCCGUUCCUGCCCGAGGCUCCUUCGUUCAAUCCUGACCCCGUCCUAGAUCCUUCUCUUCCGGCCAACAGCCCCUCCUACCCUCCUCCCUACUCCCCCUACCAACCUCAGGGACACGAGAUGGCUCAGUAUCAGGGUCACCCGCCCCCGCCUCAUCAGAUGUACACGCGCCCGGAUUGGCCGCAUAGCUAUGGACAGCAACACCACAUGCCAGGCCCCUAUGCCUCGCCCGCUACAACGGUUGGUUCUGCCUCCCCUGCCGCGACCGCAGGGCCGCGCCCUGGCCAGGUCUACUCCUUUGUUCCUAUUCCCGGUGCUCAGCAGCACAAGCGCCCUCGUCGUCGCUAUGAGGAAAUCGAGCGCAUGUACAAGUGUGGAUGGCACGGUUGUGAGAAGGCCUAUGGUACUCUCAACCACUUGAACGCGCAUGUGACAAUGCAGUCGCACGGCUCGAAGCGCACUCCCGAAGAAUUCAAGGAAAUCCGCAAGGAAUGGAAGGCCCGAAAGAAGGAGGAAGAGGCUCAGCGUAAGGCCGCUGAGGAGCGUGAGCGUGCUGCUGCCCAGGCGGUACAAGCCAACCAGGUCGACGCUCCUGGCCCCUCCGAUCCCUCUCAGGGUCAGCCCUCUGCCUACGCCGGCGGCGUUCGCCCUCAACUCCCUCCUAUCGGCUACCAGGCUGCUGAUGGCCAGGUGCCCGGCCAAUAUGGCCCCCCUGGCGGCGGCAUGGUCUACCAGAGCAACGGACAGAUGGGCUAUCCUCCCAACUACCCUCACUCUCCCUACCAGAACGGUCCCGUGUAUCAGCAACGUGAGUAA